GUUAGCAAUGGAUGGUGAUAGUUGGCCAAUGGCUCGUAGUGCCGGUGGGGAUUGGACAGCAAACACUGAUGACCCAGUUCUCAUGGCGGUUCGGUGGAGCUGCCAAAAGUACGGGGUAGUAUCAUUGAAAUUCCCAAGAACUGGUUCUCGAUUCUGGUUUGUCGGAUGAUUUAUCCCCAACUUGUUCGUGCUCUCCAUACUUGGAACCGGAUGUGUCCGUUUGACGGGAUCCACACUGGCUGCGUGUAUUUCACUGUCGCACGUCUGCCUCCUUUGCAUGUUUGUUUUUACUUUUUCUCAUUUCUCAGUGCUAUACUCUACCACUGCCAAUCAAAAUGAGCUGCAUCCAACCAUCCCUCACUACUUUGACUGAAGAACCCUCUAUGGAUACCAACGUAAACUAUGCCGAUCCUCUCUAUGCCGUCCCGGCGACAGUGGCAGCGAACAUAGCCUCCAAUGACCUGGGCCUGUCUAUCUUGAAUGACCGGAACUUUUUCGAAUCAGACUCGAUGUCGGCCAUGCUCAACUGGGAUUCUAAUCAGAAGCCUGCUACUCCCAGUCCGGAUGUAGUCAAUGAAGCACCAAUCUCUCCUCGAUCGCAAAACCACAUGCUGGAUUCCGCCGUCACACGUGAAGAUCUCCCCAAGUCAGGAAUUGAGGAUACACGACCAUCUCUCAGCUGGCAUCAAUACUCAAAAACAAACAAGAACACCCCAAAAAGAAACCAUUCAAAUAGCUCCCAGUCAAACGACGACGACGAGAAAACCAAGCGCGAAAAAUACCUCGAACGUAACCGGGUUGCCGCAAACAAAUGCCGGCAGAAGAAGAAGCAGCAACGGAACAGCCUCGAAGCACGUCUCAAAACGCAGUCGGAGAGCAACCAGAAAUUAGUCGCGGAGAUCGGGUCUAUGCGCUCGAUUAUCCUGACGCUGAAGAAUGAAGUGCUGGAGCAUUCGCAGUGCAAUGAUGAACGCCUCAAACACUAUGUAUCGUUUAUGGAGCGGAGCAUUGCCAACACAGUCCCCGCUGGUCAAAGAUCGAGGAGCGAGUCGAGUACAUCGUCGUCGAAAUCACGGGAAACUUCAAAUGCAGGCAUCCCACAAGGCCUGUUGCCAUUGUCAGACUCGACAUUCCUCAGAUCGGCAGGGGACGAAUACCGUCGCGAUUCCAAAGACUCGAUGGUUUCCGAAGUGUCAUGGGCAUCGUCCAUGGAUGAUGAUCUUAUGAACAUGGUGAAAUUAUAAAAGGUGUUUGAAGAAAUCAUUUGUUUAAAAAUAUUAAUGAUAUUACUGGCAUGAUUUAUGAGCUAUUACUAUUGCUGAGUAUAAUAAAGCGGUUGUAGAUUGUGUACUUGAUAAUGAUUCAAUAUAUCAGAAUGCUGCAUGCUACC